GUCGGGCUGAUCGUGCCGUCGAUGGGCCAGGUGUGGUUCGUCGGCCCGUUCGCGCGGACGACGGGCGACAUCGGGUUCGAGCUGGCGUUCGUGGCGACGGCGCUGUUUUAUGUCCCGCUGAGGAUGCUGGAGUUGAGGUUUAGGGAGUUGGUGUAGGGUGCGGCUUGAUUGAAGUACUCACUUGAGACUGUGCUUAUAUGGAAACUGGACCAUGAAAUAUGCGUAACUCACUCGAAGGUUUCGAGUUCUUCCAUCGUUACUUUCAUCAGGCGACGUAGCGUGACGUUAUCCGGCACAUGUUUGUGACAGACCGCGUCGUCGCCGCUCAGCCCACUGCUGCCCAAAGUCCCACAACCUCGCUUCCACUUUCAGUCGGUCCCUGCAUCAAUGACCAACGGUUACCCAAGUUUGUCUCCUGUGACCGUUGCGCGUUCUGACUGUGAUUACGCGGAUUUCAGAAUAUAUGAAGUCAGCAGCAGUCGUACGCUAGGUGUGUCACGGCGCCGGCUGUUUCACCGACUGCUAUGCUUAGACGUCAAUCUACUUCGUGUCUCUAGUGAUACUAUGCUCAGGCUCCGCGCGCAAUGAGGUCCGUCUUCAGCAUACGGGUUCCAUCCUUAGCAGUAGCACUGCUUCUGCGCAUCGUGUACUGAAACCGGCAGUCCUUUUUCUAUCCCACUAAAUACCAGUCGA